CAACUUGUUAAGGAUUGGAAAUUCAAGUUGGGUAUCCCACUUCUACCGCCCUGGUGCUGCUAACCUCAACGACUUCCCUAUGCUAAGAGGAAUUCAAGCAGCCUUAUCCAAGUUAUUCUUCACACGAAAGGAAUCCAAACUCGAUCACCAAGUCGAAUAUUUAUGGGACAGGAAUGAUUUGAUUCAACAUGAACUAAACAUUAUCAUGACUGGUUCUCCAACAAUACACCAUGACGAUCUCCUGGGAGAUUCGUCUUCUGAGAGCUAGACACAGUUUAGAAAAAAUUCGUAAAGUUUUAUAUCACUGGGCGGUUUAUCAUUUUAUUUUAAGGUCUCAUUCAAUCACACUGCAGUGGGAAGAGACUUAGUUCGACUAGGGGUCUUCUCCAAGAACUCUUUGGAUAUCAACAACAUGAACGGUAUCCUCUCCUUCCAAGUCGUUGGAUACCAAGUUACAUUUUAUUAUUCGUAUCUUGCUCCCCAUGGUGUCUAUAUUAUGCUCGAAGUAGCGCAUGCCCAAAUACCAGCGUCUCAUCGGGAUAUUGAAUCGUCUGUCUUCGAUAUGGAUGAAUUGUUGGGUGUGGUGACAAUAUUCACCACACAUUGUGUGCCAUUAACUCGUGAACAAGCUGAGGCGAAAGCGGUCAUGCGGCGUGCCACUUUAUCAACACCUCAAUUCAAAAGGGUAAUUGAACCAUCGACAUAUCGAAGACGACGAUCGAUUACGAGCCAUUAUCAUGAUGUUUAGAGUACUUUUUUUUAGCAUAGUUUUUUUAUCAUGAUGUUUAAAGUACUUUUUUUUUUAGCAUAGUUUUUUUUCCUUUAUUGUAUUUGAAUAAUAAAAAAUCAUUCUUGAACUCUUUUUUUUUUGCAUUUGAACAAAUAAAA